AUGGACGGCGACGAGCCCACGCAAGCGACGCAGAAUGUCCUCGAUCCGCGCCGCGUAGGAAAGCAGAACUCGGGCUUUUCAGACGAAGACAUCUCCGACAUAAUAUGCGUUCUCUACCCACACUCCGAUUCCGCCCGCAUCGAGCUGGAACGUCUAGAGUCCGAACACUCCCCUCAUAUCAUUGGGAAGGAUGAAGCCGACGGCGUCGAACCCGAUUAUGCCUUGGAAGACCAAGCCGGCCGUUUUCUUGCCAACCCGUCCAGCAACGGCAGUCAUGCCAUUAUUCUUCGUUUGUCGUCGCAACUCAAGAAUCCGUCCGCCGGUUUUGUCUUUGGCCGCAACCCGAUGAGAUGCGAUGUUGUAUUUGUCAAUGACCCCUUCAAGAGAGUCAGCAACAUUCACUUCCGAAUCUACGUCAACGAAUACGGCACAGUAAUGAUCGAGGAUCAGUCAACCAACGGUACCAUAGUAGACGACAACGUUCUGACAUUCAAUCCGCUAGCCAAGGGAAGAAGCGACCCGCCUAUCAUGAGAUAUGUUCUUAGUUCCGGCUCGAUCAUCAAGGUCUACCUACAUCAUGAGGCCAGAGAUUUGACGUUCCGUGUCCGUAUACCAAGGCGCGACAACGAGUACGAUCAAGCAUAUACCGACAAAGUUGAAGAUUUCUUCACUCGCCACAAACUUAGACGCUUAAAUGAGACCAUAACCGCUGGGCCUAAUGGCCACGUUAAUCUUUUCAAAGAUCCUCAGACUCCGUUCAAGAGAGAGGAGACACGCGAGAUCACUCAGCCUAACUCGCGGACAUCUCAGAAGAGGAGAGAAGCCAAUCGAGAAUGGACAGGCUCCGGAAAGUACAACAGAAUCGGAUCGAUCGGGAAGGGUGCCUUUGCGGUUGUUCACAGGGUCACUUCCAAGUACGACGGUUUGCCAUAUGCCGCGAAAGAGAUCGAGAAACGUCGAUUCAUAAAAAAUGGUGUGCUGGAUCAAAAGGUUGAAAACGAAAUGAAAAUCAUGAAGCGAGUUGAACAUCGCCACAUCGUUCGCUAUAUGGAGCACUUUGAGUGGGAUGACCGAUUGCUUAUCAUCAUUAUGGAGUUCGUCCCUGGCGGGGAUCUGGGCAAACUCAUCUCCGACCAGAAGGCAUUGAGAGAGGAUGUUGUCCGAACCAUGUCAGGGCAGCUUCUGAGUGCAUUGGGAUACCUUCACGCCAACAAUAUCACCCAUCGCGAUGUCAAGCCAGACAACAUCCUCAUCAACUCUCUCAACCCAAUUGACCUCAAACUUACCGACUUUGGCCUGUCAAAAAUGGUCGAUAGUGAACAGACCUUCUUGCGAACAUUCUGUGGCACCUUGCUCUACUGCGCGCCUGAGGUAUACACAGAAUACUCUGAGUAUGAUGAUGAUGGCGUGCGUAGUCGGGGUAAGAAGAUGAGGCGCCCCCCAGGUCAGAGAUACAGCCAUGCUGUUGAUAUUUGGUCUUUGGGUGGUGUCUUGUUUUAUGCACUGACUGCGUCACCUCCUUAUCCCGUUAAGAGCGGCAUCAGUUAUUCCGAGCUGUUACACAAAAUCAUGACUACCCGAUUGAACAUUUCGCCCUUACAACGAAAUGACGUGUCAGAGCAAGCUAUCGACUUCCUUUGCAGAAUGCUUCAAAGACGCCCAGAAAACCGAGCGACAGUGACAGAACUUGAAGGUCACCCGUGGGCUACCGGUGUUGAGUCGAUAAUUAGCGCCUCGCAAUCCUUCGACGAAAUCUCUGAUGACGAUAUGUUUGACAAUUUUUCUCAACUUCAGGCCCGCCACUACGAAGAAGACAAAGUCAGUGACUCUGCGGACGAAGAUUCGGACGAAGAGAAAAUACCAGCGUCGCCAGAAACAAACCAACCUAGACUCUUUGGAGAAGUUGGCGCCUCCGCGAUUGGCAGCUCGGGAGUGAUCCCAGAAGACUUCCUCAACCUCGAAGCUAGCCAUCCUAGCGCAAAUGGGACUGACAUACCCAACAAGGAUGAAGAUGAGGCUUAUCAAUCAGAGGACAACUCGACACCCAGAAACAGAAACCGUCGAACAUACCGUCAAACGAACAUAUCCAUGGCCCAAAACCAGUCUGAAGACCAGUUACAGAGUCUGGUGGAAAACGUGGCAUCACAAAGCCUGGGGGGCAAUGAACAUAGCAUACAGAAGUUUGAGAUGUCGAACUAUUCUUUGCAGUCGGCAGACUUCAAUUCCAGUAAACGAAAGCCUUCCUCUUACGAUACUAGCGACGAGUAUGAAGAAAACACGCCGACGGGAAAGCCUACUAUGAAGAGACUCAAGUCGGAGGGUAACAUUGAAGAGUUGACGAAUGAUGUGGUCGAGGAAUACAAAUUGCUGGCCCAGGUCCCUGCAAUUGGGAAACAGGCAUCAGGACGUCAAAUUGACCGUCCCUACAACAAGCAAUGUUUCUGGGAGCAAGACAAGAAGACCUGGCACCUCAAUUAUCCAGAACUGACCCGCAAUCAACACAAAGCCUUCGUGAAGGGCGCCGAAACAAGGGGCGAGAAAUUUGAACCUGGGAAGACUGCACUGUGGGAUGUGGCAAUGAAAUACUUCCCUCCAGUUUCCAAAGCUGGGGCUCAAAUCACCGAAACUCGACGAGGCUCGCGAACGCCCCAAACUCUGGUUGAUGAAGUCAUAGAAUUUCCCCCUACUGCGGCACCACUUGAUGAUUCACAAAUACCCGACACACUCCCGACGCAUACACAGAUUAUUGUCCCUAUUCGUAAGGACGAAACGAACAAGACGUCCUAUAGUAUGUUUGAAUCCCAUUCAGACUCAUGCAUCUCUGAUAUCACCAUUCCCGUUGCCGACACCUUGGUCUCAUUUGGCCGCGGUCCUUCAAAUACCCAGGUAUAUGGCGACGUGUAUGAAUCUCGAGUGCCCAAGUAUGCCUUCAAGCUAUUACUCUGGAAAGACGAUGAUGCUUUCGACCCUUCCAAGGAUCCUUCGAAAGUGCCUCCCCCCUGGCUUCGAACUAUUGGGGAUCCAAACGAGUACGGGUUUUACAUCUCAACAAAAGCAUCAGUCGGUAUCAGUAUAAACGGAUAUCAGCUUCCUUCUUCCGAUGCUAAGAACCACAGCGGGCCUGCUCACCAUUGGACCCGUAUCCACAAUGGCGACACAGUAGUCAUCUGGGGUUUCGGCGACAAAAAGGGCAACCCAACAAAACUUACCUUCCAAUGUUUCUGGGGUGCCUCUGCUCAGGCGCGUGGAGAGAACAAAGCAUUGCAGCUUGCGCCUCCGUCAUUGGCCCAGAAGUUGGACGCUGCCUGCCAAAAGACAGAGAGGCGGAUGAAGGAGGCUACCGAAAAGAAGAAGAGAGAAGAGGCCAUCGAUGCUGAAUUGAAGGAACGUGCAGAGAACAUCGAUAGAGAACGUGAACGAAGCCGUGCUUUUGAGAUGAAGAGACAAGAAGCUAUCGCAUACCUUGGCUCGAAACAAACCACACUAUCGCGCAUGGCUUCACCCGCAAGUGUGCCCCCAACAAGCCAUUAUUUGGGAGUACAUAUGGCCCGUUUAAGCCCCGACAAGGAAAACACUUUCUCAGUUCAGUAA